AUGAGUUUAUUGAUCGAAUAGGAUCAAUUAAGAUAUAGGCAAGGUAGAGAGCAUUUUUGAAAAUGAUAUCAAUAAUUAGACAGAAGAAAUAUUAUUGUCUUUAAAAAAUCAAUUUUAGAUCAGUUUUAGAUAUAGUAUUUAGUUGAGUUUCAUAGAUCUUGGCAAGAUUGAUAUUUUUUAUUAUUUUGUAUUAUGGAAGAUACAUAUAUACAUUUAGGGUUGUCGAAAUAAUUUUUCCAAUUCAUUUACUUACUUUUUUGUUUAUUAUUGAAUUUAAACUGUAAUUCAUAUAUAGAUAUCUGUUUAUAAUAUAACAAACUAUUUUAAACAUAGAAAAUAAAGAAAUAAAAAUAUAAAAUAAUUAGAUAAAUAUCAAUAAAUAUCAGAAAGUGGAUACCUAUAUAUUGAACCUAAAAUUCAGUUUCAGAAUUUUGGCUCAUUUUAAAUAACCUUAAUUUUUGUAACUACGAAACAUGUUUCCAAAAACUUAAUAUUUGAAAUUUAUUUGGGGGAAACUUGUGGGAAAUACAUAUUUUUAUUGCUUUAUAGCAAGAGAUUUCUGUAUAUAGUGGCUCUUUCAAAAUUGAUGGACAAGAGGCCAAUAAAAGUAUGUUCUCAUCAGUAUAUGUUGGAUAAGAACUAUUUACAUUUUCUAACACUUAAAAAAAGAAUAUUUUUUCGGUAACCUCAUUAUAAAGUCACUUAUAGGAUGUUUUUUUUUAAUUAUUUUCGAAUUAUUAUAGUAAUCAGUUUGAUAAUAAAUUUGAAUAUCUCAGUAUAAAAAAGUAUUGAAUCCAACAUAAUUGGAGACAGAUCUAUUUUCAAUAAAGUUUUAAGAUCACACUGA